CCACUGUGCACUUUGAGCCAGAGGAUAUCCUGUGCCCUCUCAGCAAUUGAAGCUGGAGAGCAAACGACAGACAAAAGAGCUGAAUUUAGUGAAAUAAAAGGAGGUUCAAACUUUUUUUCAAAGCAAACUGGAAGCAAACAUUUGAUAGACGGAAAAUGAUGGAAGAAGUGAAGGAUACGUCCUCAUUUCUGAGCGUCCAAGUCCACAACAUCAAAGUUACAGAAGUGCUACAAGAGGGAGAUUCGCUCACCUUUAUAAUUGUGUCUCAGAAGUUGUCUGGAACAGGAGAGUUUCAUGUGGAUCGAACUUACGAAGACUUUGAAUGGCUGCAGCAGCACCUCUACUCCAUGGAGGAUGUCCCUGGAAUACAGGGAGUCAUAUUUCCUCCUCUUCCUGCAAGACCUCAGGUGAACGCAUCGUCCAAAGUUCUGAAACAUCUUGGUGUCCUUGGAUUGGGAGAGUGGCAGCCGUACUGCAGAGCGCUGGAAACUUUCCUCCGGCAGGUAGCGGCACACGGUAUACUCGGCAAAAACAAGGGCGUGGAGAUCUUUCUGACGAGCUCAGAUCCUCCAGGAAGACAGAAAGCAAAGAAAAACAUUUUCAACCGACUGAGUCAAGCCGUGGAAGAGAUGAGGAAAGAGGGCCAUAAGGAUGUGGACGACUUCUUCCAAACCAAGCGAGAUCACAACUUUUUGCUAACUGGUUACACCAAGAUGGCCGCUGAGAAAUUCCUGGAUGUGGUGCUUACAGAGCAAAAAAUUGCAGUUGCCUGCGGUCACUUUUCAGCCUCUCUUCACCUCUGCAUGGAACCAGAGGAGAAUCCUGAAAAGCACGAUUUUUCUCAGGUUUGUGUGAAAUUAUCAGAAGUCUUCAACUCUAUGAAGAAAAGCAUGACUAGCGCUGCCAUGAAUGACAUGAAUACUCUUGGACUGGGUCUGGAUCUGGAGUCUCGAUACCAGGAGGCAGAAAAGGAAAUGCUUUUUAGGAGAACCUGCAAGCUGGUGGAGCUGCAGAAUGCGACGAAAAAUGCAGACAAGGCCAAACCCCUGAAGAAAACUGCGAUGGAGGAGGCAAAGAAAGCAACAGAGACGGAGUUUAGGCAGAUUUGUGAGGUUGCAAAGAAAGAGAUAAUUCAGCUGGAGAGCAAACACGUGGAAACACUGCAGCAGGCUCUGGUUCAGUGGUGUGAAAAGCAGCUUCUUACAGCCAAAGAAAGCGCUGAGGUGUACAGCCAGCAUCUGCAAACUUUUAAACGGAUGUAGUGACUUCAAGGAUUCACUUUUUUACAUAACCUGAACCUCCAAAUAUAGCACCACAGGGUGGUUUAUGUACAUUUCCUUCACUCACAAAACAUUUUCUUAUUUCAAUCAGGUAAAUCGAUGCUCACACUCGCACACAUUACCCAUAUUCUCCUAAAUCACAAUAAAAAAAUCUAGUAUCAUCAUACUGAAGUGAUACGGAAGUGAGAUGCUUUUACUGUGCUGCCACAAUGUGCUGAGAUUGUAUUGUACUGCAGGAGCUCGAGGCUCACAAAAUAAAGUGUGAUGAAUUGAUUCCCAAAGUA